GUAACGUAAUUUCCGCUUCCGUGCGGAAGAAAAUGAUGCAUUUUAAGCUUCAAUUGAGAUCUUGAGUGUUUGUUUACAGCGACAAAGCAAACAUCUGGGCUAGUGAAAACAGACGGAGUAACCGUAGACUGUGGACAGCUCUGAUACAGGAAUAUCUUUGAACCCGUGGAUGGAAGUGGACAGGACCCGGGUCAUGGGUCCAGAAAGAGUGUUGCCGAGCUCGGAGGAGGAGCUGGGUCAGGAGAGACUGUCAGAGCCCGCAGCUGAUGAGUGGAGCGGUGAGGACGGUGAGGAAGAGGACGGAGCCCCGGGGGAGGAAGAGGAGGACAGUGCGGGUUAUUAUUAUCAACCACUGAACCAGGAGCCUGAUGGUGUCUCUAACACACCGCUGGAUCACACCGACACGCCAACACACGCCGAUCAACUGCAAGAGGUUCAGGAGAGGAUAGAGGCCAUGGGCUUGUUCCUGCCUCAGCCACCAGCUCCAGACAGUGAUGAGGAGGAGGAUCCUGAAGCAGCUGCUGCACACCACAGCCACGCAUCCAUUCCUAUGGAUCCCGAUCAUGUUGAGCUUGUGAAAAGAACCAUGGCAGCAGUGAACUUGCCCUCUCUGGGGAUCCCUGCCUGGGCUCGUGAGAUUUCAGAUGACCAGUGGAAGGACAUGGUGCAGAAGACUCUCCAGUCUCGUCAGAGCUCAGCAGGCCUCUUACUGCAACGCAAAUGAUCUCAAGGCCUUUAUCAUGUUCCCCUUGCAGCUCACAUUUUCAUCCACAAUAAAGCAUCAGAAGAGCCUGUAAGGUCAUGUGAUUGAGGUGGUCUAAGAAUAAUUGUUUAUUAUAUAUCGUAUUUGUUUAAAAUUAAAUGUACUUGAUACCACGAUGCACAGGGUUCGACAUAUUUUAGGAUCGUUAAUGUGGCUCCUAAACAUUCCCUCAUUAACUUCUGUGUUGAAUGGCAAUGUAAAAUCUAGACCACUUAAUUUUCCUUUUGCUUUCGGUAUCAUUCAAUUCAGUUCAAUUUCAUAUUAAAGUCCUUUUACCGUCUCCUAAUAAUGACAAUAUUCACAUGCUUAAGUGACUUAAAAUCUUCUGCAGCUUAUUGAUGCGUAUGUCCUGCACAUUCACAAGUGUAUUUUUGUCUUUCAUUUUUUUAACUUUAUUUUUUUCUGUACAUACAUGAACAUCUGUACAAAAUAUGACUUUCAUAGUAUGUAAUGCUCUGCCUAAUUAAAGUACAACAUAUGUACAUAUGACCCGGAAAGCAGCUUAAGAGUAGUGUUAGACUUGGGAAAGGGAGGGGUGGGGAGAGAAAGAGGGGACAAGGGUGGAGAGACCCAUCCUUUCAUAAAGUUCUUCUACAGCACAUGUAUAUGCCAGACAACAUCCACAAGUCCAGUCUACAGCUAGUGCCAUCUUGCGUUCAGGAUUUCUGGUGUAAAAUUAAGAUGACAUUCCCUUGAAGUGAACUGAAGACUCUGGACAUAGAUAUCUGUGGUAGUUUAUUUUGCCAAUUAUAUAUAUGUACAACUUUUUUUUUCUAUCCAUCAUCAUUCAUUAAGAUAACAGAUUAUUUAAUGUGCUGUAGCAGGUAAAUAUUAUAGCCAAGCAUCAACAAGUGUCUGGCAGCCUUUUCAAGGAGUGCCUAUUUUCUUGGAAUGAUCAGAAUGAGCGAUAAUUCACUCUACAAUUGACCAGAGGCUACUGUUCAACAGGUAAAGGCAAAUGAAAGAAAAACACGAUCUCAGUGAGAGGUGGAAGGAAAAAUGGUUAGGGGAUGUGACAAGCAAGGCUGCAAACCUAAGCAAUAUACAGAAUAUACAAUUAUUUGGAGUAAUAACUGCAGCCUGUCUGUUACCCAUAUAAGUGCUGCUUGGAAAGUUAAACAAGCAUUUCUUGUCUGCUUUACUGUCAUAAUAUGGAUUGAAAAGCAUUCAACCAGAACCAACCAGUCUUCUUUCCAGAAAUAUUGCUUAGGCUCCUUAAGAGAUGCAUAACUUAAGACAAAAGGUAGAGAUGAGUGAAAAGACAUUCCUAUGCUUACAUUGGACUAACGUUUCCCACUUGACAAGCAAGUGGAACUAUGGGAGUUUUUUUAACGUCAAACUGUAAACUCUUAAGACAAGUAAGAUGUUAAAAAAGGUUAGGCUAGAAGAUAAAAAAUAGCAGUUUAAAGGGAACUGUUAGGAUUUCUUUGUAAUCCAUUAAAAAAAAAAAAAAAAAAAAAA